AUCUCCCGCUACACUUUAAUGGAAGAGAAAACAAUUUACAUUGUGACUGGUGGAACAGGUGUACACAAUGCGUCGUAAUUAAUUAACUUUGUUGACGUUUUACUGGAGGAGAAACAUGACCGACAUUGGACGCAGAGUGGCUAUUGGGAUCGACGAAAGUGUAUACGCUGAGCAAGCGUUUGAUUUUUAUGGUGAUAACCUGAGAAGAGAUGAUGAUUAUUUGAUCCUUAUACACACUCCUGAGAGAUUUAACGUGAUGGACGCUAGUGCUUCUGUCCUAGAGGAGAUACUAAAUGAAAUAAAUAUUAAAGUGAGAAAUCUAGAGGAGAAGUACAAGAAAAAGAUGGAAGAGAAAGGAAUGAAAUGUGGAAGAUUCAUCUCGAGGCGUGGGGACCCCGGAGAAUCAAUAGUACAUGUUGCUGAGAGAGAGAAGUGCAACCUAAUCAUAACCGGAAGUAGAGGAAUGGGCCUGGUCAGGCGUACUAUUCUGGGCAGCGUCAGUGACUAUGUUCUCCAUCAUGCUCAUUGUCCUGUUCUUGUUUGUAAAUCUCCAGGGAAGCCACAUAAGUGAUGGGAACAUUCAUAUACUGCUAAGUCGUAACCACAUUAGUGAUGGGAACAUUCAUACACUGCUAAGUUGUAAAUAUUAAGAUUUACAUAGACCUAACUCACUACUGUAUAUGCCAGGGAAAAUAUAAUGACUGUGUUAUAUAAUUAUUAUAUAUGUAUUUACUGUGACACGUAUGCAGUCUCAUUAUCCAUGUGGAUUUUUUUCUUCAUAUAAAUGUAACCUUAUGAUUUAAGAAUAAACUUGGAAAGUAAUGGGAAAA